GAACAUCGGCGCCUACUACGAGAAUGCAUGUGAAAGAAAGAAUAUUCCAUCCUGGAGCGGACAACCAGGAACUCUUCGUUCCUGGCUGAAACUCUUGGCCUGUUGGGAGGCUGAGACAACCCUUCAUCGCGAGAAAUGGGGUUUGAGACUUUACCAGUCGUUUCCGGAGAAUUCUCAGCCUCGGAAGAUUGCUGACCAGAUUCCAAUGUCUGAACUACUGUCCCCGAGCGGAUACGACCUCGUCCUGACGGCGGUCAUGACAAAGUACCGUCCAUACCUCGACAUCGCUGGCCCGGCGAGUGUGGACAAGUUCUUCUACUCGGGCGACAGGUCGAAAGGCGAGAGCUUCUCGAACUUCAUCGCGACGAAGGAAAUCGCCCGCCAGGACUUGGAAACGAAUCUGGGCGAGAGGUUGAAUGACAAGGUGGCGGGGAGAAUACUUCUUCGACAAGCUCAUCUUUCUGAUCUUCAACGCGAGCUUAUCUCCCUGCGCGACCAAUCAACCUUAAUGGGCUUCGAUGAGGUCGCCGCGGCGAAUGCCGAGCUGGGAGCAUCCUCGGCAAAGCACUAUCCGGUGAUCUACCACGACCAGGUGGACAAUCGUUUCCAGAACCCUGGGGACGAGGAUCAAGUUGGCGAUGAAUCCGAGGAAGAGGACCGCACCUACGAUGAGGAGGAGUCAACGUACCUGGCCGCGCACCACUCGGCCUAUGCGGACGUGAGGAGAGACUUGAAAGAUAGGAGGAAGGAACGUGGCUUCAUCAAGCACAACAAAGCCCCACCUCAGAGACCUCGGAGUGCAAUGCGGCCAUCUUCCAAGGGACAGGGCCGCGGGAGAUCCUUCCGAAGCAGAUCCAACAACCACCCGCAGCGCAAGGGUGGGUCCAAGAUGGUCAAGGGUUCGCUUGAGGUGAAUUUCAUCGUUUCACGAGGACCAGGUGGCGGCCAAGUGUUCAUGAUGCAAGGUUCCACUCCUUGGGCUCACCUCGAGGUGCGCGGCUACGAGGCCAUUGUGGACACGGCAGCGGAGGAUGCGGUCAUCGGCGUGACGGCCAUGGACGCUCUGCAUCGGAGGGGAAGCUCAACUGGAAAGCGUGCCAGAUGUUCCAUUGCUGUGGCGGGGGUGCAUGCUUUAUUGCGCUUCCAUGUUUUGCGAGACGGUCAGUUUACCACCCCUCCACUGCUGCCCAUCAGCUUCUUGGAGGCGAUUGGAGCGAACAUCGACUUGCCCUCCGAGAAGCUUUCGACUCCGGCCGGGCACUCUACCUCCAUGACCCGUCUGCCUUCAGGACAUCGCACGGUGCCCAUCCUGGAUUUCCAAGGUCGUGCGUGGGCGCUGCCGACUCAACUUCGGGUGGCUGGUCGAGAUCCCUUUCAAACAUCCUCGUCGACCUCGUCUUGGAUGGCCAGUUCUAUGACGACAACGCAGCCGAGACCCUCGACAUCCACUCGAUCGUCUACCAACACUACGCAGUCGACUCCCUCCAGCUUCGGCCACAACAAUUUUUUGGGGGAGUAUGUGUGUGAUUCUGCGUUGCGGCCGUCCCCGACAUCAUCUAACUUGGUGGCUUUUCGAGCUGGAGAAGAGAUUGAAGCCAAGGCCCUACAGUUUCUGCAGGAGUCGCGAUGGUCCAUGCAGGACAUGGAAGAUCUGCUACAACUUCUUCGUCCGAUGCGCCGAGAUCACUUCAGGAACAUCCUCGGCAAACCACUUCAAGGGGAAGCCUUUUCGGCUGUUUUCGGAGCGUACGCCCACGGCUCCUUUGUCGGGAUCACCAAGGCGACAACGAAGUAUCCGCAGUUGGUGAAGUACAUUAACUGUUGGGUGAGACAACAGGUCCCGGAGGCUUCUUUCAGUUCGAUCAGCAUCGGGGCGAACGUCCGGGCUCCACUUCACCGAGACGUCAACAACGACGUUUGUUCCAAGAACAUCACGGUGUCUUUUGGUCGACACAAAGGCGGAGCCUUGUGGAUCCAAGACUACGACCCGAACGCAUCCCUUGGUCGCAGCAAAACAGUGAAGGGUCCGCAAGGGCAAGAGUUGGUUGGAAGCCUGGUCAGACAACGGGCGGACCGAUUGGUGGCCAACGAGAGCAAGCUGAGCGAGGGCUUGCCCAAGAAGAGACUGGGUGUGGCCAAGGUGGAAGCUGCCUGGAAAAGGCUCACGGUGCGGAUCCUGGUGAUGUUGGCAACGGCUCGCCAACAAAUGGUCGUGGACGAGUUCUACAUCGUGGACUCGCCCCCCGAGGACCCGAAGGAGAAGGCGAGCUCCUCACACGAAGCAAAACCGAAGCGCCGAGCCACCAAGAACUCCCACAUCAACCAAGGGAUCGGGCAACCUUUGGCGAGAUCGAAGGCCCACAAGACCUUUGCUGUGGAACCUCAAGCCUGCCAACAUCCUCCGGACAAGCUACGGUGUCGAGCCAAUGCCAUCUUCCAAUGGUGGACUUGCACCCUAUGCGGGAGUCGAUGGCAAAGGAACGACACGGUGGAGACAACCAACGACCCGCUGCCCAAGACCUCCGAGAACGAGCCCAAGAUCAUGGGACGGCGGGGACAAGAGUUCCCGAAAUUCCUGCCGGCCAAAGGCUUUCACUUCGGCGUCUUCCAGCGAGACGGGUGGGACCGGAUCGACUCCAACACCUUCGAUGAGAACACCGCCGCCGACCACGUCGACAACCGCAAGGUCACCUUCUCGCACGAGGACGACAUCGCACGGGACACGGAUGAUUCAACCCCUCAAGAAGAACUCAAUGCCGGCAGCGACGGAGACCUACGAGAUCAACUCGGAAGAGGGGACACUAUCGGACGAGGAAAUGGGACCCCUCGUCAAACAAGAGAAGUGAGGCCCCGAGUUCUACUGGAUGCGGCUUCGAUAACGGCAUCCUCCCCGACGCCAUUGCGAAAGUUGCGGAAGGAACUGCAAAGCCAAGGAUGGAUGGUGAAAACGCUUCUGCUGCUGAUCACUUGGGCGGGGAACGACUGGUCCAAGCCACUUCCCAGUUUUCUCGGACCUCCAAGAUUGCGAAUGGAUUGGAGUACUACGGAGCAAGAGUGGAUGACGCACUCAGAAGCCCCGAGUACGUCUUCGAGGCCCACAACAUGGUGUUGCUACGUUUUCGAGGAUAAGAUGCAAAAGUUCAAUUGGGUGCUGGACUCCUCGGGUCACCAGGUUCCGAAUAUCCGGGAUAAGGACGUGAAGGCGAUCAACAAAGCCACAAGAGAAAACCUUGUGACCCAAGGUAAAUUCCUCGUCGGAGCAACCCCAGUGAAGGAGAUCGAAGUGGGAGCGGUCGGUCAUGCAGUGGAUCUUCAUCUCGGCUGGGACUUCAACCGUGAAGAGCAUCGUCGGGGAAAGUCUGGCUACUACGUCGACUACGUGCCGAAGGAAGUCGAUAUCUACUACAAGGUCCAGUCCCUCGAAUAG